CAGGAAAAUCCCAGCCCUUUCACAUGCAGCUUCCCACACCCAUCUCCUUACCCGCUCUGAUAUAUUCAAGCCUCCCUGACCCACCUUGAACAUUCACCAUCCAACACUCCCUGGCACAUCUCUUUCACCAUCAGCUUCUGUCACCUCUUCCUGGGCAAUAUUGCCAGGCUUUCCCUAAUCCCAGAACUGCAGCCUGUCAUUCACUCCCAACCAUGUCCCUGGGGCCACUGAAAUUCCAGGCAGUAGGGGAAGAAGAUGAGGAAGAUGAGGAAGAAGAGAGCCUGGACUCUGUAAAGGCGCUGACGGUCAAGUUGCAGCUGCAGACGCGGCGGCCUUCAUAUCUGGAGUGGUCGGCCCGGGUCCAGAGCCAGGCCUGGCGCAAGGCCCAAGCCAGACCCGGACCGGAGGGACCUGGGGCCAUCUGUGGCUUUGACUCAAUGGAAUCUGCCCUUGAGUGGCUCCGACGGGAACUGCGGGAGAUGCAGACACAGGACCGCCAGCUGGCAGGGCAGCUGCUUAGACUGCGGGCGCAGCUGCACCGGCUGAAGGUUGACCAAGCCUGUCACCUGCACCAAGAGUUGCUGAACGAGGCCGAGCUGGAGCUGGAGCUGGAGCCUGGGGCCGGCCUGGCCCUGGCCCCGCCACUGCGGCACCUGGGCCUCACGCGCAUGAACAUCAGCGCCCGGCGCUUCACCCUCUGCUGAGGGCCACCUGCGUGCCCCCUGGGCCACCUGCUACGUCAUCCCCUGCCCACCUGGGAAAAGAAAGGGAGGGGUGUCCCAGAGGAGCCAGCACCUGGAAAGGGCGAGGGGAGAGAUGGAGAGAGUCACUCAGUUCUCUGGGAGCAUAAAGCCCCAGCAUCCUGUUGCUCCUGCUGCUGCGCAUGGGGGUGGGGUGGGAGGAAGGGGAGGAGCUCACAGACAGCCCUGCCCCAGGCUCCUCAAUAAACCUCUGCUUCCCA